AUGACAGAUCUUGGUGACUUCCCACGUCUGCAGAGCCAUGUCAAUAGCGUCCAUCCUGAGGGAGGGCAGGACCUCACCGAUACUGUUAUCGACAAUGUCAAAGGUGAGAUUAUUUUCUCUCUAGCAGGUGAGCUGAACGGCAGACCGACAUGCCAAGGGUUCAUCUGUCCAUUUUGUAUGACAGAUCUUGGUGACUUCCCACGUCUGCAGAGCCAUGUCAAUAGCGUCCAUCCUGAGGGAGGGCAGGACCUCACCGAUACUGUUAUCGACAAUGUCAAAGGUGAGAUUAUUUUCUCUCUAGCAGGUGAGCUGAACGGCAGACCGACAUGCCAACUGUCAGUUGUUCGUUUGCAGGUGAACAUCGGGGUUUCGAACAGUGUAGCCGAUCUGGCAUCCAUGGCAUCGGCUGUACAGGAAAAAGCAAGGCCUGCCCGUCCUCCUGCCAUUGUUCGGCCCCCACCUGUGCGAGCCGAAAUAGGGGUUACGCGAUCACAAACAGAGUAUUUUCGUAAAAUUCGUGACUCUUCAGUAAAUGAGAGUGCAGUUAGGACGAAUAUGCUCAUUAUACGACUCGAUCGACUUAUCAAUGAGUGCCCGUGUGACCCUUCGAAGAGGAAAGAGUUUGAACGCGAGGUUGUUCCAUGGUCUGCCGAUUCUGAAUCGUUGCACUGUACUCGAUGUGCUGCUAAGUUCAGCAUCGCACGUCGACGGCAUCACUGCCGGCUUUGCGGUCGAGUGAUGUGUCAUCAGUGCAGUCAAUUUCUUUCGUUUCUCUCAGCUAGGAAGUUGACGAAUCCGGCUCUGGCUGCUGAGAUGCUGAACAAUGACGCCGUUCCCACGACUGCAGAAGCAUCACCGUCACAUAGUCGCCGAUUGUUGGAAAUGACUCAGAAAACGACCGGAAAGGUGAUCUCGUUCAUUGAAGGAGCCGUUUCCAAGAUCCAGACGACGGAUGGCAGUGAAGUCAGUCUCGGCUCCCUACUCCAGCAGGAUGCUCAAGAAUGUUUGCGAGUUUGUGGAUCAUGUAUGGCGGAUUUGAGUCGACGGGAACAGAUGAUGGAACAAAGAAACCCUCCUGCUCUUGCCGAGCAGUACGAAACUCUGGAUCGAAUGAUUGCAGAGGCAUCGGCGAUGGUACCGAGUUAUACGCGGAUGUCCGACAGCAUCAACAACGGGGAGACCAUGUACGCAUUAGCAGCUGCUGAGCAACUUCGUAGUCGACUGCUUCAAAAACAACGUGAUAUUGACAGUUUAAGUCAGAGUAUUGUUGCUGAAGCAGAAAAUGAAAACUGCGGAGUGAAAGAGGCUCAACUUAGGAAGAACAUCCGAUUCGCAUGUGUGCAAACAUUGCAGAGCAUCAUGUCCUCAUUGGUGUCUUUACCAACAGCGCAACAGUACGAGAAACUGGUUGAAAUACAUAAGAAGGAAGUCGCUCGUCAAAUUGAGGAGUCUCGCAUGAGAGCCGCGAAUGAAGUUGUUGGAGUGCGUGCUUCCUCUUCUCUUCCUUCCGUGGCUCUGAAAGAUCGAUCACCUGUCAGUGUUGUUCAUGAACGUACGAGAAAACAAGCCGCAGAUGGUUGGACGCCACAGCAGACUAGAAGCUAUAAUCCCUUCAUGGAAGAAGAGGAUAGAAUGCAUCCUAUGUUUGAACAAAGAGACAUAAUAAAGGGAUACCUAGCGCAAGCGGCGACGGCUGGGCGUUUGGAAGAAGUGGAAAUGUUGGAACGGAAUUUGCGGGAUCUUGAAGAUGAGAUGUUGAAGAUGGGCUUGAUUUCGCCAACUUGA